AUGGCCGUCUCUAGCCUGAUUAAACCUACGGCCCCAUCCCUCGGGCUACGAUCUCAGAGAUCUACCCAUCGCCUCAACCAGAUCGAGAAACUUCGUGCCAAUGGUAUUGGUGAUUUGGUUGACUUGCCUCAACUUGUCGUCUGCGGCGACCAAUCCGCAGGCAAAAGCUCGGUGCUAGAGGGCAUUACUGGCAUACCUUUCCCUCGUCAAGAAGGCCUCUGUACCCGAUUUCCCACGGAGAUUGUUCUCCGGCACUCCAGUGAGCUAUUCAAGGCGAAGGCCACUAUUCGGCCUCACUCCUCUCGCCCGCCUGGAAUUGCACAGACUCUCGGCAAUUAUGAGCGCGAGAUGGAAGAAGACCUCUCCGACCUUCCCGUCGCCAUUGAGGAGGUCUCCAAACUUAUGGGUAUACGCGGCUUUACCGACUCGCCUGAUGAUGCCGCAUUUGCAUCUGAUGCUUUGCGCAUAGAGAUUUCGGGCCCCACGGGAUUGCAACUGAGUAUUGUAGACCUUCCUGGCCUUAUUUCGGUCUCCAACGAAGAACAGUCUCAAGCCGAUGUGGAGGCUGUCCAUGCUAUGGUGCGGAGCUACCUCAAGAGCACCCGAACCAUUAUUCUCGCUGUGGUUCAGGCAAGCAAUGACUUUGCCAAUCAAGGUAUAAUCAGAAUUGCCCGCGAGUAUGACCCAGAUGGACAGCGGACUGUCGGUAUAAUCACCAAACCUGAUCUCAUCAAUGCUGGAGCUGAGGCCAAGCUUGCCAACAUUGCCAAGAACAAGGACGCUAUCAAGCUCAAACUCGGCUUCUUCCUUCUCAAGAACCCUAGUCCAUCUGAAAUGAAGGCCGACAGUGGCAACAACAAGCGCGCAGAGCGGGAGAUGAACUUCUUCUCUUCACCAGCCUGGAAGGCUCAGGACCUUGACAUGAGCCGAGUUGGCAUUGAGAAUCUGAAGGUUUUCUUGCAAGAGCUCUUGGAUGAGCACCUCGAGGGGGAGCUGCCCAAACUGAAGGAUGAAAUCAGACGCAAACUUGAUUUGUUUGAAAAGGAUCUCGAAGACAUGGGUCCUGAACGGCGGUCCCUCGCCGACAUUCGAUCUUUCAUGACCAACCUCAGCAUGCGCUACUAUCAGCUAGCUCAGGCGGCUCUAGACGGGAACUAUCACUGCUCUGAAGCCGCCUUCUUCAAGAAAAAGAAUGGAAGCAGGCUCCGCUCCUUGGUUCAUCAGCGGAACGGCGCUUUUGCAGCGAAGGUCCGUGAACAAGGUCACAAGCGCAAAAUUACCGACAGCCCGCCUACGCCCCGGUCAGAGGAUGGUUCUAGCGAUAAGAGCGGCCAGCUUCUUGUGACACAAACUGAGAUGGUCUCCUGGAUCCGGGAGACUUACAUCGAAACCAGAGGUCGUGAGCUCCCUGGCAACUACAACCACAUCUUACUCGCUGAGCUUUUCCACGAGCACUCCAGUCCGUGGCGCAAUCUCGCAAAAGACCAUGUUUCCACUGUUCUAGAGUGUGUCUCAAAAUGGAUCCGUGAAGCGGUGGGUACGCUUUUCCAUGAGGAUCGCCUGCGCAGAGACAUCACCAGUUUCUGUCAGGAGCAGCUAGAGCUUUCUAGGAAGACUGCGUUCAAGGAGCUUGAGAAAAUAUUCUUGGACGAGGACCGUCAUCCAAUUACUUACAAUCACUAUUACACCGACAACAUCCAAAAGGCGCGCAACGCAUCACAGAAAGACCUGCUGGAGGACUCGCUCGCUAUGCUUCUCGUUGAAGAGUUGCAACCCAAGCUCUGCGUCGAUAUGGAUCAGCAAGCAUGUGAGGAGGCUCUCGCAGGUCUCAAUGCUUACUACAAGGCACGCACUCAAAGCCCCCUUGUGUUCUCUCUGCUCAAGACACUGAUAGUAUCUCUCAGGUUGCGAUAA